AUGGCUCAUUCGGUAAGUUUGUGUAUUUGUUUUGAAUAUUUGUUUACGAUAGUUUCAGAGUCAUAGGCUGGAUUAAGUUUUAGAAUAUGUAUUUUUAGAUUAAUAUGUUUAUGAUAUUUCUAGAUUAAUAUGUUGGAUUUGAUCAAGGCUUGUGAGGCUGAGAGUGAACUCGACUUUCUUCAGGAGUCGUUUGUUCUGACUGAUGAGCAGAAGGAAGCUGUUCUUCUACAGCGCAUUAUAUUUUGGACGAAUGCUAUGGCUGAAGAUAUUGAACGGGAGAAUCCAGUUGGAGUUGUUGAUGGCUUUAUGGAUACUUGGACCGAGGAUCAACGUCGCCUGUUCAACGAAGACUGGGCUAAUGACGAAGGUUUGUGCGAGCUCGAACAGUUGCCUGAACCGCCAGAAAACCAAAUAGGUGAAGGGAGCAAGCGAAAGCACGCCACUGAUGACGCCUCCUCAAAACGCCAAAGACCAGAUGAGUAUUUCACUAUUAAAGCAGCCAAGCAAGUCAACGUGAGGAAAUUCAGGACGACAG